UCGCAAUCAUUCCAAGUUGGAUUCUCGCCGCGUCCUAUCGGGGAGCGAGAGCCGCAUCGGUUUCGCGCGCAAAAGUGACAGAUCUUAAAGAAUAGCGUAGUUUUAUUUACAUAUUUAAUUAAUUAUCAAUUAAUAAUAAAUUUACGCAUUCAAUAUGGCUGUUACAAGUGCUAGAAGCAUUGUGAAUAUCAAAGAGAAGGGACACUUCGAACCUGAAAAUGCCAGGAUUAAUAAAUAUACGUUGGCGGACAAGCUGCCGGCCCAGCUGUCGGAGCUGGAGCUGCGCCCGCGGACGAUGGCCAAGCCCUCCUACACGCUCUGCCGGCUCAGUCCUGACGACAAGGAUGCCGUGAUCGACUUCCUCAGAAGAUUCUUCUUCCGCGACGAACCCCUGAACCAGACAAUAAAUCUCCUGGAGACUCCAGAAUCUAGAUGUUUGGAGCUGGAAGAUUACGCCGUGAGUACACUGCACGAGGGCGUGUCAGUCGCGGCUGUUGACGACAACGGAGACUUUGUGGGAAUCGUUAUUAACGGAACAGUUAGGAGAGAGGAAGUCGACUACACAGACAAAUCGGAUGAGUGUCCGCACCCCAAGUUCAAGCGCAUCCUCAAGCUGUUGUGCCACCUGGACAGAGAAGCUCGCAUCUGGGACAAGCUGCCGCAGGAGUGCCAUACUGUGAUGGAGGUUCGGAUAGCCUCUACGCACUCCGAGUGGCGGGGGCGUGGACUUAUGAGAGUGCUCUGCGAGGAAUCUGAGCGACUAGCCAGAGAAGUGGGCGCUAGCGCUAUGCGUAUGGACACCACUUCAGCAUUCUCAGCAGCUGCCGCAGAAAGACUUAACUACAAGAGUGUGUACGGCAUUUUCUAUGAGGAGCUGUCGUACGCGCCUCACCCAGCGCCGCCGCAUCUCGAGGCCAAAGUCUACAUCAAAGAGCUAUAAGCAAA